AUGAGCCCACCAGACACAUGCAACACCACAAGCGAAGGGGCGGCCGGUGAAGCCGACCCCUGGUUUCAACUCAACAACAGCACAGGUUUGCACCCUGGUUUCCACACUGACAUCACCAAGCACCUUGGAGUCCAGAUCACCCUGAUCACAGCGUAUUCCCUAAUCAUUCUGCUGGGGCUGCUGGGCAACGCUCUUGUCAUCUACAUGAUUAUUCGCUACAGAAACAUGCGAACAGUGACCAACUUCUUCAUCGCCAACCUGGCCCUGGCAGACCUCCUGGUGGAUACUCUCUGCUUGCCCUUCACUCUGGUUUACACUCUGCUCGAUGAGUGGAAGUUUGGAGCUGUGCUGUGCCACAUGGUGCCAUUUUCCCAGGCCCUGAGUGUGCAUGUAUCCAUCCUGACCAUGACUGUCAUUGCUCUGGAGCGUUACCGCUGCAUCGUCUUCCAUCUUGGCAGGCGCCUCACGUGGCACUCCAGCUUCCUCAUCAUGGCAUUCACCUGGACUAUGUCUGCUGUCCUGGCAUCACCCCUGGCCAUCUUCAGAGAGUACCGGCAUGAAGAGAUCCCUUCCAUCAACCUGCGCAUCGCUGUCUGCUCCGAGAAGUGGCCCCACGGGACCAGCAGGGGCGGAGUCAUCUACAGCCUCUCGAUGCUGCUCCUCCAGUACAUUCUCCCUUUGGCCAUCAUCAGUUACGCUUACAUCUGCAUAUGGGUCAAACUGAAGAACCACAUCAGUCCGUCCAGCCGCAACGACAGCAUCAACCGCCGCAAAAAGACCACCAAGAUGUUGGCCCUGGUGGUGGUGGUAUUUGCCAUCUGCUGGCUGCCGUUCCAUGUGUUUCAGCUGGCCAGUGAUCUGGAUCUGGCGCUCAGGUUUAAGGAGUACAAACUGAUAUACACAGUGUUCCACAUUAUAGCUAUGGGUUCGACUUUUACCAACCCUCUCCUGUAUGGGUGGAUGAACAAAAACUACAGGAACGGCUUCCUCAUGGUCUUCCGUUGUGAGGAUAAGCCAGAUUCCUUCCACACCGAGGGCUCGUUCAGGACACGUUCCACAAGAAGGCUGACUCUGAAUGGUCGUAAUGGCGGACAACCUCCGACUGCUGUAUGA